GUUUUCAGCAAGAAUUGGACGUCGGGUACUGGACAAUUGUAGUAUUCUCGUCCACAAUUUCGUCUCGUUGGGCUAGCAGGUGUAUGAGAUUGGCGCGCCCUGAAAUGUGUUAUGUACCCUGCAAUGAUAUAGGUGCAUAGCUGCCGCCUCGAGCACCGGAUGUUAAGUCUGCCAAUGCGCAGGUAAACUAGCCAGUUAGCUGUCGUGUAGUUUUGUUCAUGGUGAGUCGCCAGUCUUGACUUGUGUAAUGGCGUCGAAGGGCCAAUCUCAUUUACCAUGUUUACCGACCCGAGAGGCACCGCUUUCGCCGAAGAAGUGGGCGUCUUUCUUCGACAAGGAUGGUCGCAUUUGCAACGAGUCUGAGGUUCGUCGCUGUAUAUUCCGAGGUGGCAUUGACCCGACGAUUCGUCGCGAUGUCUGGCGCUACUUAUUCGGCAUUUAUCCGUUCAACUCAACCGAAAGGGAGCGCGAGGUGGUGGCCGCUGAGCUGCGGCUGCGCUACGACGCGCUGAAGCAGCGGUGGAAGUCGGUGCUUGAGCUGUCCUGCGCCGAUGACGAGCGCACCAAGCUCUGCUCGCCGUCGUACCUGGUGACGGACGAGACCGAUGGCGGUACGGCGCCACGCGGUGCAGAGGUAGCCCAACCGGCGGCGGCUGUCACCGUAGGUGAUCCGGAUGUCUUCUUGAAGCUCCAGGCACAGGUGUAUGCCGGCCGGCAGUCUAUUGAUAUCAAGGUGAUGAAGAAAGCUAUUCGUGUCAUCGACAAGGAUGUCCCUCGCAACGACCGUGACCACCCCUACUUCAAAGGAGCCGGGAAUCCGAACCUUCGCGUGCUCCGUGACGUUCUUAUCACCUUUGCGGCGUUCCACCCUGAUCUCGGGUAUUCCCAGGGCAUGAACGAUAUUCUCAGCCGGUUUCUGGUGACAAUGGACGACGAACAGGAGGCGUACUGGUGCCUGGCAAAGUACUUGGAGCGCAUCCAUGUCGAAUUCCUGGAACAGGGAAUGGUGGACAAGCUGGAAACCGUCAAGCAACUCCUGGGCGAAAUGGACGCGGAGUUCCGCGACUUCUUUGUGACAACGGGCAUGGACGACUUCAUGUUUUGCCACAGAUGGCUGCUGCUGUCCUUCAAGCGAGAGUUUGCGUUUGACGAAUCGCUCAAGCUGUUCGAGAUACUCUGCAGUCAUCACUUGGAGAUCAGCUCUCUCGAGGCGGAGAAGGCCAAGCGGAAAGAAGAACUCCUGGAGAAGGAGAGAACUGGUGGUGAAGCAUCCGACCGCCUCGAGGUGGUGGUCAACCAGGAGUACACGUUUGAGUUGUUUGUCUGCCUGGCCAUCUUGCAACGCUAUCGCUCGGAGAUCAUGGCCAGCGAUGAGGCCAGUGGCCUCUAUCAGAUCGUCAACGGCCUGAGCAUGCACAUGAGCAUGGAGGAGCUGCUGGUGACCGCCGAGGAGCUCUUCUUCAAGUACUGCCGCAAGUCCGUCGCCGAGUGCUUCAUGGACCUCACCAUGCCGGCACCUAUGUCGCCCACCAGCACGUAGUCACCGCCGCCGCUGUGAGUGCCACGGAGCAUCCGGUGUUCAUGCCUGUACUGUGUGUGCUGCUUUCUAGAACACGGAGCAUUCGGUGUCCAUGCCUGUACUGCGUGCAUGUGCACUGCUGCUUUCUAAAAUCCGCUGUGAGUGACACGGAGCAUUCGGUGUUCAUGCCUGUACGAUCGUACUGCUGCUUUCUAAAAUCCGCGUUGGCGCUGGCACACCGACCGACUGGCUGGCUGGCUGGGGAUUGGACCCGUGCCGGUGUGCAAUAUCCAUAUCCAUCCUGCUCUUUCUAAGCCGAUUGGUCACCAGCUGUUCUCGCUCCGUCUGUUUCUAACCCACCAUCGGUGGCGUUGACGUUGGACGCUGACAGAAAUCCGCGGGUUUCCGUGCGCCAGUUGAGCGCUGGCUUGCACGUGCGACCAAUGUCUAUAUUUGUCUUGUGCGCUGCUCAAGCGCCGGUCAUGUCAUCAAUAACAUUUGUGUCUCCAAUCUUCAUGGAAUGGAUAAGGAGUAACCGUUACCUUACUCAACCACUGUCUGGUAUUAUGCACUCUCCCCGUACCAUUGCUCUACCGACUGCUACAGACUACUGCUACGAUCCUCGUCUCGUUCCACCUAUUCAAGCCCGCUCUCGACUGCUCAUCUGAAAAUCAUGAUGCUUGUCUGUCCGCCUGUCCCUGCAUUGUUAACCUGCGCAUGGCAAGGCCACCACGAGCUGUGCUUUGUGUCUCGGACGUGUGUCUCGCCGUAUGUGAUCCUGUCUAUGUGUGCGGGGCGAGCCCAUGCCGCACGGUGCCGCUACUCUCCGGCGUUGUCUUUAACCAGUGCACCGCAACUGUGGGAUUGCGUCACUGUUACCCUGUCUUGUCUACUUCACCCCGGUGUAUAUAUUAUUCACUUCCACAACAGAGCUUUGUGAGUGUCGGCGACGAAAAAAAAAAAGGGUUUCGUCACGCUGUCUUUUUGUUUCUUAUGAAUUCAUAAUGGACUUGGGAUUUAAACUUGUUCCAUUUCUGUAUUAGGAUUUUAUUUUACCGAAAUUCAAUUUUAGAUCUAUUUUGAAGAAUCAAUUCAAGUCUUGUUA